AUGAGUGCACCCGGAAAGAAUGGACAUGAGGUGGAAAAAGACAAACAAUCCAAAGAGAUAGAGAGCUUAAAGGCUCAGUUAUCGCUCGCUCAGAAGGAAAAUGAGAAGCUGAAGGGCGGCAUGUUCGGCCUGUUGACUGGUCGACCGGAAGAGGAAGUGACCGGAUUUCAUGGCGACGUGCUGAAGGAACUGUCCGUGCCCCUCGGUCCCAUAGCCCGUCCCGACCCGCGUGGUGCUUUCUCGUCGCAGGCGGAUGUUGAUGUCGACCCCGAGGUGGCAGCCGCCGGUCCCAAGAAGAGGAUGUUCCGCAAGUUCAGCUACCGCGGCGUGGACCUAGACGCUCUCCUCGACAUGUCCAGCGAGGACCUCGUUGGGCUCUUCCCCGCCCGCGCUCGCAGAAGGUUCUCGAGGGGUCUGAAGAGGAAGCCGAUGGCGCUCGUCAAGAAGCUGUGCAAGGCGGUGAUUGAUGGUUCCCUUUUUACACUUGUUUGUAGUCACCCAUCCUCGAGGAGCAGAAGGAGGGACGCAUCUAGCUGGCCAUGAAGGGCCUGCUCUGAUCCUCUUCUUCCUUGACCAUCUGUGCCACCACGUUCCCGGGCUUCCAAGGCGCGCCAGCACACCGCCGCCAUGCCUCCUCUGCUCUCCGGGCUCGGACCAAUGGCUCGCCCCUUCAGCCCAAGCCCUGCAGAAGCCGAUGUGGGUUCAGGUGUCCCCCUCCCCUGAUGGCUAUAAAUAUAACAUGCUCUGCUAAUUCUAUCUACCAAGACUCUUGAGUUUGUGGUGAUGGCAGCCGACACGGAGCUGAUUGAAAUCUUCCCCCACCCCCUGUUGCUCCCUGAUGAUAACAAGAUUUGGAAGUUGGGAAUCUAGGGAAUGCGAAGUUGAAGAGACCUGGAGUAUCUAGACUGUGAUUGCCAUUGUAUAUGUGUUAUAUGAUGAUAUAACACAAUGAUUCUGCUAUUGUAUCUUUGUUGUAUAAUGUAUCAAACUGAUUCUGGCUGUUAUGUGA